CUUCAUCCGGGGCAGAGGGAGGCCCAGAGCGACGGUUGCCAGCGGGAGGCAGGUGAGCCGCCGGAGCGCAAGGGCGGGAAGGAGAGCGCGAGGCCUCCUCCUCCUCCUCCGGGCGUCAUGGAAACGCCGAGGCCGGAGACGCCGAGGCCUGAGGCCCCUCCGACGACGGCCGCCGCCGCCGCCAUGGCUUCUCCGACGCCGCUGCCUUCUCCCGCCUUCCUGGCCUUCACGGGCUCCUGCGAGCAGGACGUGACGCUGGCCAAGUCCUUCUGGAACUCCGUCACCCUCCAGCCGCCGCUCGAGUCCCGCCUGGGGCCGCGAAGGGACUCGGCCAGCUGCUCCAGCUCCAGGAAGGGCUCCGGGUCGGAGGCGCCGAGCGGCACCAGCCUGCAAAUCCCCCGCACUCCCGACAACAGUGAGGAGGGAGAAGCAGCAGCGCCCCUGGUUCCCUUGGCUUCCCUCCCCUCGCCCCCCCUUCUUUUCCCCUGGCAGGGCUUCCUCCUCCCCGCUGGCUCCGAGCGAGGGGAAAGUCAGGGUGCCCCGGGGCACGUGCAGAGUGCAUGUCCUUUUUCCCCUGGGAAAAAGGGGCGUGGCCUGCGGGCGCAUCCUCAGCCCUGGGCCUGUUUUGUUGUGUUGUACUGUACAGGGACGCGGGUGGUGCUCUGGGUUAAACCACAGAGCGGGUCGGUGGUUCAGAUCCCAGUGACGGAGUGAGCUCCCGUUGCUCGGUCCCUGCUCCUGCCAACCUAGCAGUUCGAAAGCACGUCAAAGUGCAAGCAGAUAAAUAGGUACCGCUCUGGCGGGAAGGUAAAUGGCAUUUCCGUGCGCUGCUCUGGUUCGCCAGAAGUGGCUUAGUCAUGCUGGCCACAUGACCUGGAAGCUGUAUGCCAGCUCCCUCGGCCAAUAAAGCGAGAUGAGCGCCGCAACCCCAAAGUCGGCCACGACUGGACCUAACGGUCAGGGGGUCCCUUUACCUUUUACUGUACAGUGGUACCUUGGUUCUCAAACUUAAUCCGUUCCAGAAGUCCGUUCCAAAACCAAGUGAACAAAGUAAUGCAAAAUAGAUUAAUCCAUUCCAGACUCUUAAAACUAACCCCUAAAACAGCAAUUUAACAUGAAUUUUACUAUCUAACGAAACCAUUUUGAUCCAUAAAAUGAUAGAGAUUAACAAUGUACUGCAGUCACACAGUCAAUCAGUAGCUGAACUGGGUUCCACGCAGUCACAGAAACGAAACAAAAAGUCGCAAAAUAGCAAAAACGGACAGACCUCCGCCUAACACUCAAAUCAGAAGUGCAGUACUCAAAUCAGAAACAAUACUCAAAACGGAGCACAUUUGGCUUCCGAAAAAUGUUCACAAACCGGAACACUUACUUCCGGGUUUGCAGUGUUUGGGUUCCAAGUUUUUUGAAUAUCAAGGCGUUUGGGAACCAAGGUACCGCUGUAUUGUUUUAUUGCACUUCCCUCCCAGGAGCUCAGUGUGGCCUACAUGGUUCUCUCCAUCUUGCCCUCCCAGCAGCCCGGUGGGGUAGGUUAGGCUGAGAGAGGCUUGAGUGGGGAUUCGAACCCUGGCCUCGCGGGUCCCAACUCCAGCAAACUGCUACUAGGAGUGUAUAUUUAAGUGGUUCUCACAACAACCCUGCAGGGUAGGAUAGGAUGAGAGAGGGACAGAUCCCCACAAGUCACCCAGGGAGCUUCGUGGCUAUGUGGACCUCGCAGGUCCUCAUCCAACAUUUUAACCACACUUGUUCCGCAGUCUCCCCUUCUAUUAGUCGAAGUUACUACCAUGCACCACCAUCUCCCCAUCUUCUGGGGUGUUACUGUUCUAUUCAUGGAGUCUGGGCAUAGCUGUCAACCUUCCCGUUUUUUGCGGGAAAUUCCCUUAUUCCAGUGCCGUUUCCCGCUGCUAUCCCGGAUUGUUAGAUAUCCCAUAGACCAGGGGUCUGCAACCCGCGGCUCCGGAGCCGCAUGUGGCUCUUUUACACCUUUGCUGCGGCUCCGGGGCAGAUACUAGCGAGGGGAGGAGGCGCAUUGUGCGCCCCGACACUCCCCACUGUGGCAGGCGCUGUACUGGCUGUGACGUCGCAUGGGGGCGGUGGGUGCGUUAGUCACACACCGUCCCGACGUCACCUUCCCGCCCGCUGUCAGAUCGGAGGGCAGCGGCAUGCAUGCAAUGGUUUUGCGGCUCCCAGUUUUUUUUCCUUCGGAAACAGGUCCAAGUGGCUCUUUUUGUCUUAAAGGUUGCAGACCCCUGCCAUAGACUGUCCCUAGGACAGGUGAGGCUGCUGAUCCCUUAUUUUCAAAUCUGAAAGUUGACAGCUAUGGGUCUGGGUGAGCAUCCUCUGUUACAUCUAAGGCUAUCCCUUCAAGCUUAUCUACCUUUUUAUCGUUAGGAGCCCCCAUCUGCCUGCAGAGUAAUCAGGUGGGAUACCAGAGGCAUCCAUUUGUUAAACUGGAGAAGACACUGUGCCUGGGGAGUGGGAGGAAUCACUGUUUUUCUCCUCUUACUGAUAAUUGCCCGUGGGUUGCCACCCCAGUUUCCUGAGGGCAGCGGAUAGCCCCCUUUGUCUGUAAGUCCUGACACCAGCCCACAUAUUCUCCAGUCAACCUGCAGUUCACUUCGCAGGAUUGAUUUGAAAUGAAUGCAGCGUCUCUUUGCCCUAGGAAAUGAUUUUCCAUUUCUUCUCCAGAUCACCCCACUAUUUAAUGUGCCUCCUCUUGGCCACAGGAGUACCCAAAAUUUUCAUUUCUUUAAAAAAGAAAAUCACUUUUCAGCAGAUUUAGAAGUAGCUCCUUGUAGAUUUGCCUGCAGCGGGUAGGAAUUGUCUGCAGGUGACUAGACGAGAGAUCUUUGGGGAAAUUGGCUCUAUUCUGACUAAAAAUGGACAGCUGUUCCUUUUUUGGGUUGUCUACCCGUAACCAUUCACCCUUCUCAUCUUGCUGUAAGCCUUCAUUCUAUCUUACCAUCAUUUGCUUAGGUAUUAGUGGCUAUUGCUCCAUACAGUUUUGAAUUAUUCCGUAAAUGGGGCUUAUUCCCAGGUAAAUGGAAUCAGGACUGCAACCUCACUGUUUUACUUUCAUUUGUUUUACUUAGAAAAAGAAGAUGACAAAAGCACGGAAAAUAGUGUUGCUGGGGAAAGUGAUUUGAAGGAACAGUAUAUUAAGAAGGUAAGAUUCCUUCCUUCUCAGAAUAAUAAUAAUAAUAAUAGUAACAUGUUUGUGUUUUAUAUUAUUUUUCAGUGUCUUUCCUGAAAAAUGAUUAGAAUUCAAGUAGAUAAUUAUAUACAUGUAGAUAUUUCUAUAUUGUUUGUACAGGUUAGGCCCCCCCCCCACUCCAGAAGCCUUUCUAUCUGAUUAUCUCUUUCACUGAAGAAAUUGAGAUAAUUAAAUUGCAUUGUAAAUCUGAGAGAGAGGAAGACAUGCAAGCACAUUGGAUUAGAAACAUAAAUUUGAAAAGAUUGAAAUGGCCUUUCUUCAAGAUUUGUGCUGCACCAGUGAUUGGGCAGAAAAAUAAGCAAGCUUUUUAUUGCUGCAUCAGAGAGAGAGAGAGAACUGUAUUCUUGGGCACCCCCUGUUCUCCAGUCAAUAGUUUGAGCCCAGAAAUGCAUCUUCCCAGACAAACCCAAUGCCACUUAGCAACAGGUACUUAAUUAUGGACAGGGCUGUAUUAAAAUAAUAAUAAAUUCUGUAGCCGCGUCUAGAGACUCAGUAAGUAAAGCUGGCUUUGGUAACCUGUAUAAUUUAUGUGCAACUCUUACUCAGCUGCUCCUCUGGCUUUGGAGAUUUUAGCAGCCAUAGCCAAUGCAUGUUCAAGCAUAUCUUUGCAGCCAUGAGGGAUACAAACUUGAUUUCAAAAGAAAUGAAAGCUAAGAUUCUCAGCUGGAUUCUUUGCUCACUAAAGCACCCUGUUUUUGUGGCUGUUCAAUUUAGUGUGCUCCUGGCCCUGUAUAUGGAAAAGGUGUGUUUGGGUAUGGGUACAUGACAGGGGCAUUGCAUAGAAAUCUCUUCUUUUUUUCCUUUUUGCACACAAUUCUUGAAAGCAUUUUGUAUGGCUGCCUUGGGCCAUACAAAAUUGCUUUGUGAGACAGAUCCUGACCACCAGCUGUAAGCUUGCCAUUCCUGCUGCACACUGAGUAUAUCCUGACUGCAACACAACCUUGGUAUGGGCCAGUGGAUAUUGAUUUGGAUUUAGGUGUAAGGAAAGGGCAGUGGUUCAGUGGCAGAGGGACAUCUGCUUUGUGUGCAGAAGCUUCCAGGUUCAAUCUGCAGCAUCUCCAGGUGAGAAGGAUUCCUGCCUGAAACCCUGCAGAGCUACUGCCAGUCAGUGCAGACAAUACUGAGGUAGAUGGACCUGUGGUCCAAUUCGUAGGGAUGCCAGGGAAUUCUGACAGGAGCAGAAAUUGCUGGUAUUGGCUUAUUCAUCUCAUGCCUGGAAUAGGAAACAGCAUUUACUGCUGUUGUUGCUUUCAGUCCACAAUGAUACACAACAGAUUAAGUUUCUUCCCUAUUUGCAUUCAACUUCCUCUGCACUGAAAUGAGUGGGGUGAAAUAAUGUUAAGACAGCAUAAAUUACGUUACUAAUUACAGCAGGACGAAAACAGGGCUGCAUGCUACAAAUACAGAAUGGAAUGGGAAAGGGAUGCUUUCUUACAGCUAUACUGAUUCAGUUUAAAGCAGAUUCCUUGUGGGAUACUUGCAUUCCAAAACCCAUCUUCGUCCCCAAAUUACUGAAAUUUACGUAGACUUAACUUGAGAAUAAUGGUGAUUUUCCUCACAGAGCUUUAGAAGAGAUAUAAAAAAAAGGAUUAUAAGGCUUUCAAACACAGUAAGGUUUAACCCUAAGCACAUUUGUUAGAAAGUCCCACUUGCUUCUAAGUAAAUAUGAAGGAUUCUGGUGAACAAAUGUUGCUUUCAAACCCAAAAAGUUGGUUCUUUAGCCAUGAAUCAGGCUAAAGGCACAGGUCAGGAUCACUGUGUCCAUUGUGGACUGUGGGCUGUCCUCUGGGAACAAGGAUGCUGUUGGUCUAGUUCAAGUUUUGGUUCUGGAAAUCAAGUUCAAACAUAGAAACAAAGCCAGGCUGGACAGAGAAAAGCAGCCAGAAGUUCUUAGUUACAAUAGUGACUACUCUGUGGCUGUCAGGGGAGGCAUUUAUAGCCAGCAUUGUAGAAUAUGGGGAACCAGUCUGGCAGUACAGUCCAUUAGACUCCAUCAAUCAAGGAAAAUUCCAGGUAAGUUGCUGUCAGAGGAUGUAGGAAGCGCAGGCUCCAGGAGCAACAGUUAUGUCAGUUCUAGACUUGUUGGGACCACAUCAUUUAUGAUGCUGCAGCAGAUGUAACGGGAAAUUGACCAAUGUUCUAUAUAUCUUGAUGGGGAAACACCAUGUUGGCUCUUUGCUAAUUAACUCCUGAAGCACACUGUGGAACUAAGCAUCUUUUGUCUCCUGGCUCACUGUGCACAUUUAUCAUUAAGCUAAUUGAAAGUGUAAGUAACAUUACUGUAAACCAUAUAAUGUUACAGUGUUGUGCUAUGGCUGCUAGUGCUAGCCUGUAAUUUGAGGAUAUUUCCCUAAUUUUAGUCAAAUUUUAGAGGGCUUCCCUCCCCCUCUUUUUAUAUUAAAUGAAAAGCUUUAUAUCUCAGGGCUGGGAAGGAAGCCAGAUUCAAGCAGUCGUUAGGAGGAGCUGAAAAGUGCUGAGGUCUGCAUCUGUUUCUUGCAAGCCUGCAUUCCUACUUAUUGCAAUUAAUAACCAUAUAAUGGAUUUAAUCUAGCAACAUCCAUUAAACCUACCUAGUAGAAAUUGGAUUAAGAGAAGUGAGCCUGUUCAAUGUUCCCCCCUCCCCCGUUAUUUUGUUAAAUAUUUUAGCCACAGAAAGAUGUGAGCUCAAGAUUGCUCAAUUUUGCGUAUCAUAAGUCAUCAGGAAGUCUGGUUGAUUUUGGCUAGAAAAUUAUUCUGUAGAGCCAUAUGGUUUUAUUUUUUCAGUUUAUUAGUCACUUGCUACAGAAAGUCUCUAAAUUACUUUUAAAAUUUGAAGAACAUAAUGCAAAUCAGAAGGUAGGGGAAACAAUAAAGGUAAAGGUAAAGGUACCCCUGCCCGUACGGGCCAGUCUUGACAGACUCUAGGGUUGUGCGCUCAUCUCACUCUAGAGGCCGGGAGCCAGCGCUGUCCGCAGACAUUUCUAGGUCACGUGGCCAGCGCGACGAAGCUGCUCCGGCAAACCGGCACCAGAGCAGCACACGGAACACGGUUUACCUUCCCGCUAGAAAGUGGUACCUAUUUAUCUACUUGCACUUAAUUGUGCUUUCGAACUGCUAGGUGGGCAGGAGCUGGGACCAAACGACGGGAGCUAACCCCGCCGCGGGGAUUCGAACCGCCAACCAUGCGAUCGGCAAGUCCUAGGCGCUGAGGUUUUACCCACAGCGCCACCCGCGUCCCAGGGGAAACAAUAGGUUACAAUUAAAAACCAUACUAAAAUCCAUAAAAGAGACUCAGUAAAGCAGCAGCAAGAACUGUAUAAUCCAGCAACAUCUUCUUAACCAACCAACUUCUCAAGGUUGUUGCACUGAAAAUGCAUCAUAAGCUACCCAGAAGCUCAGAUAGGGUGAUUGUAAUUCUUAUAUAAUAUGUAUGUAGUAUGUAACUUUUGAUCGUUUGAUGCAUAUAUGCUUUUAAACGGUUUGUGAACUUUACCCAUGUUUUAUUUGUGUUUAUUUGUGCACUGCUAGGAUAAUUUUUUGAUGAAGCAGUUUAUACAUUUUUUAAAUAAAUCAAUAAUCUUUACAAGUCUUGGUUAAACCAGAGAAAUUAAAUAUAGUAAAGGACCAAACUAACUCCGAUGUGUAACCAUCUCAUUUGGAAGCGGCUUUUUCAAAAGCAGAAGUUUCACAAGAGCUAUGACUGAUUGAAAGCCUAAGAAUCUAAAUUUGUUGACAAAACAUAAUAAUGAAUUCAUUUCCCCUUUUCUUGCACUUGAGAAUUUUCCAGGCUAUUUUGUUUUAUCCAAGCAACUCCCACAACAAAAAGAUGCAACAUUCUGACUCACUAUAUCCCUCUUUUCUGCUUUUGAAACACAACUGGGAGAACUAUUAAGUCCACGUGCAUCCUGCAAAAUAUAGAUCACCAGGCCAGAAUAGCGCUCCAGGAGACGUCUAAAAUCCAUCUCAUCAAGAACAAAACUAAUUUGUUGCCUUGCAGGAGGAAUGGAGAUUUUAAAGAGUAGCAAAUCACAUUCUCUUUUCCUUUGCUUGAACUUGAGGUUUGCUGUUUAGGGUGUGGUAGCUUACAGAGCAAAUGUUUGGCAUCAGCCUCUCCUGAUGUUCUUAGCAUUUCAACCCAUUGGGUUGGAUCCAGAGUGAGUUAGUUGCCCUUCAUUUCCAGUUAAAUCAGUGGGACUUAAGUCAUGCCUAGGGAUGCACAGAAGCAUUGAUUUCCAUCAUGUCCCGUGAACAUCACAAUCAGCACUGUUUCCAUUCUGCUACAGUUUAGCUUCUUCUAGAAGCUAUGUUAUUCUCACUAGCUCCUAUUGCUAAUACUGACAUGAUUAAUUACUGUACAUGAUUAAUUUCAGUGGAAGGGAAACCUCAAGUAAUGCAGAAAAUAACAUAAUUAUUUAUGUAAUGUUUGCAGACUAAAACACACACACAAGAAAGUGAAUACCGCUCGUAAUUGCUUACAUUCCUGAUUAAUUGCUGCCCCUCUUUCCAUUUCCGAUGGAAUUCUCCGAUAUCUCUAGUAAUGGCUGACUUGUCCUGUUGAAUUUAAUGAGACUUCAGCUAAGUUAGCCUGAAACUGAUCCAUUAUCUUGUGAACUGCCAGAUUAAGGGCAGUAUAUAAAUUUAAUAAAGAAAUUAUAAAAAUAAUCCUUAAGAGCAACUCUAUAAGUGUACAAGCUGACAUGUAGAGAGUGUGUGACUUGUGAGUUUGUGGCAGAGGGUGAGACUUGAACAAAGUAGUCUUGAUUUAUAGCUGAUUGUGUAAGCCAGUACAUGGUUGAAGUUCUCUAUCAGUUGGGUGAGCUUGAGGCAGGUGGAUCUCCAAAAUUAAUUUGGCUCAUCCGUUAGCAUACGAUGUGUGGAAUUGAACGGUUGGCUAUACAAACAUUUCUUCUCUAUAGGGUCACUUUACUACUCACCCAGGUUGAACAAGUUUGUGUAAAGAGUCCCAGAUUAAUUUCUCUGCACUUAAUUAUUACAAGUAUAUUUUUUUCUUUCAGAGCAAGAAGAGAGAAGAAAUAAUAGCAUUACUGAAGAAACAAAGGGAAGAGAGGGUUGCGGUAAAAUGGAGUAUUAUUCUUUUCUUAAUGCGGGCCAAAACUUUGGGAAGUUGGAUUUUUGUAUUUAUGUUUUGCAUGCCAUAGUAACAAGAAAUGGUACAUAUUUGAUGUGCCAGUAGAGAUAAUGAUACUUAGUUUCAUUGGUGCCUACAGUGUGACUAUAAACCUUUUUAAAGUAAACUAUAUUUAUUUCUCAGAAAGAAAUGGUAUCUGAUCCAUAUAAGCCAAAGACCAGACCUCGCGAAAGGUAAUAUUGCUUUAUUUCAUGUUUGUCUCUAAUUAUUUUUAAAAGUUUUGAAAUGUGAAACCUCCAGUUUUCUUUGCACUCUUGCAACUUACCACACAUUUUUACAGGAUGUUGUUGUUGUUUAGUCGUGUCCGACUCUUCGUGACCCCAUGGACCAGAGCACACCAGGCACUCUUGUCUUCCACUGCCUCCCGCAGUUUAGUCAAACUCAUGCUGGUAGCUUCGAGAACACUGUCCAACCAUCUCAUCCUCUGUCGUCCCCUUCUCCUUGUGCCCUCCAUCUUUCCCAACAUCAGGGUCUUUUCCAGGGAGUCUUCUCUUCUCAUGAGGUAGCCAAAGUAUUGGAGCCUUAGCUUCAGGAUCUGUCCUUCCAGUGAGCACUCAGGGCUGAUUUCCUUAAGAAUGGAUAGGUUUGAUCUUCUUGCAGUCCAUGGGACUCUCAAGAGUCUCCUCCAGCACCAUAAUUCAAAAGCAUCAAUUCUUCGGUGAUCAGCCUUCUUUAUGGUCCAGCUCUCAUUUCCAUACAUCACUACUGGAUACUAAUGAUGAAAAAGCCAGAGUUUGGGUGAUGUACACUCAUAAUUGUCAGUAGGAAUUUUUCUAGGCCAGGGGUGAGAAGUAAAUACACAAAAGAAAUAAGCAUAAUUAGCACAAGAGAGGAGGCUUUUCAUUUCUGGUAGGUCUGGCGACUAAAUGAUGGCAAGUUCUUGGUAGACCGGGUCUCUGAGAAACUUGUAUUCCAAGUCUCUUCACUUAAAGUCGAAAUCCUCCAUUCCCCCCCCCCCCAGCUCUCUUUACGCCCUCCAGCCCUCAGGUUUUUGCACUGCUUCUACAGCCAAUUCCCCACACACUCUUCAUUCCUUGGGAAGAAACCAAACAUGCCAGAAAAACAACUAUGGGCUACACUUCAGGGUUGCCAUAUACUACUUUAAUGCCCUGCUUCCUCCAGCAAAAUGGAUAAAACAACACUGGCUUACUUUCCUGGGCUGGCUUAAUCCACACUUUCUCAGGCACAUCCCUGCCAACGUGCGUAUAAACAAUGAUGGAGUAGAUCUGCAUUGGCAAAGCAAUUUCAUUUUACUAUGAAGAUCUUUACUAUUUUUUUCUUUUAGUCUUAAAAUGACGGGUUGUGGGAAGGAUUAUUUAUGUGCCCAAUGGGCAGACUGAAUAGGACUGGGGAGAUCAUUGAGGCACACACUUCAUAGUAAAAUGAAAUUAUUUUCUCCAACACUGACUAAAACAUGUAAAACCUGGCAGCAUAAAGUAGCAGGUCUUAUUAAUUAUUAUUGGCAGGGUUUAGAUUCAGCAAUGCGGGGGGGGGGGGGGAGAGAGAGAAUAAAGCCAUAAGAAAUUAAAAGCCACAUCUUUUAAAAAACUACCCCUCUGGAAGAGCUGACUUGGCAUCUCACACACUCCUUCACUCAGCAAAUUCUUCCCUUUUAAUGUGUUAAUUGAUAGCUUUUUUCUCAGCCAGGACAACUUAUGACCCGCAAGAAAGUAGAAUUCCAACCCCAAGCUUGUUACAGUUUUGUAAUGAGCUUGGGGGUUAGACUAAAUGGGUUUCUGGGGUCCCCUCCAAUUCUAGGAUUUCCUGUGGAUUCUGAAAAGAAAGAAAGAGAAAAAAGAGGCUGCUAAAAGGCUCCUGCCGCUACAUGGGAGACAGACUGAAGAAAGGGAAAUACAAAUUGGCUCCGCCCCAUAGGGCUUUAAGCAUUCCAGCCAUGGUGUUUCAUGCGUUUCAACGAGGGCCUUUUCGAGCUGCCCUGGCCAUCUGCCUGAAUCCAAGAGAAUGAGGGAGGCUUGGGCACAUUUAUUUGACCUGCACCAAAAACAGGGACGACCCUCAAACCAGCUAGAGGGGCAGCUUGCCAUAGCUUUUAGCCCCUCCGCGGGCAGUGAACACAGCUGUUGUCAAACAGGCUGCUCCGAGUUCAGGGCUGCCCUGAGUCACUUGGUGACUUACUGUAACAACUUCAUGGUGAGUUCCAGCACACAUUUUUCAUGGGGGGCGGGGAGCAAUUCAUUAGAUUGGCUGCAGGUCCAUCUCCCGCUUUGUUGGGUUUCCUGGUACCUUUCCCCGAGAAAUCCCACGGCAACUUCAGUUUCUGAAAAGCCUCUUGAUAAGUGCUUCUUCUAUUGACACUUCAUCUUUCUGAUAUAAUUUUUUAUAAUAUUUUUCAAAUUCUUUAAUUUCUGUAAUGUCCCUUAUUGUCCUCUCUUCUACUUUUAUCUUAUUUAUUAAUUUUUCAUUUCUUUGUUUCUUUAAUUGCCAGGCAAGGAUCUUGCCUGGUUUAUUUGCCCAUUCAGAAUUUUUAUAUUUCCAAAAUUUGAAUUGUUGUUCUACCUCCUGUUCUAUAAUUUUAUUGUAUUCUACUCUCAGUAAUUUAAUUUCUUGAUUUAAUCUCUCUUCAUUUUUGCUUCCAUAGGCCAAUUUUUCCUUCCUUUUAAUUUCUUCUAAAAGCUCCCUUUUCUUUUUUUUCUUUAUUCUUAUAUGCUGUUGAGUUUUGUUGUAUGAAAUAUCCCCUAACAACUGCCUUCCCAUCAUCCCACACUAGUUUUUACAUCUGUCCCUUUUCUCCAAUUGUUUUCAAAAUAUUCCUUCAUCAACUUUCUGGCUCCUUGUAUUACUUUUCGGUUUUUUAAUAGGCAAACAUUCAUUCUCCACCUUUUCCCCCCUUUCUCCUCUUUUCCUUAAAAAAUUGGUUGUUCUGGCUGCAGCGGUUCCUACUAGAAAUGACAGCUAAGAUGGAUGGUGGAGAAUGCCUUAUUUGUUCCAGCUGACUUUUUUGGAGUUCAUCGAGGCUUUACCGUGCUGUCUUUCUGCAAGACAUUCUUCUAAGAUCAAUCUCCUCCUCCUCUUCCUGCCUGCACAUGCUGCAUCCAUUUCAGUGGUUCUUUUGCUGGGAAUCCCAAGCUCCUCCCAUGAAAUGAUCUGAAACAAUUCCUUCUACUUGCUUGUUCUUACUCCCGGGUCCUCUCUGCCCACCCCCAAUCCGGUUUUUCAUCCAGUGUGGUUUCCUUACUAUGUGGAGAGAGAUCUGCCUCUCACUGGAUCAGUGAAUUCCCAGGUAGAAGUUCCAGGCCCAUCAAUGUGCCAUAGGAGGUCUGCUAGCAUGGUCGGCACAGUGGUUAAAGGCACACAAUCCCUGAACAAAGACACCAUUCUUUGGGCCCAUCCUCUUACUAAAGUAUUUGGGGGCUACUCUCGUAUAUCUCACUGGGAGAAAGUGAGAAUGGAUGUUCUUGUUCAAAAACCUUGGCAGUUUUCAACGAUUCAUAGACUGAUGACUCCCCUCUUUCUUCUUUCUGUCUCACUGAUUAGUCCUCAUACUCAUUUAGCCACGUCCUCAAACUAAAUAUAGCAGAGAGGUUGAAAAAUUCACUUCCUGUAAAGCCCUUUCCCUCCCUUUCACCACUCACAGAAACAGGUUCCGUUCCACUUCUCUUUAUCGGUCCAACUCCAUAGCAAGGCAAAAUUUAAGUGUGCUGCAUGAGGUGGAAAUGGGAGAAUCUGUCAGUUUCAGCUUCCCUCAGUUUCUCGUUUUUCUGGUCAAGUUCAGUUCUUCACAUUUCCACAUCAGUUUGCAAUUUUUUUAAGAACAAAAAGUUCUCAUGAAAUUCAUCAGCACUUUCGUGCAGAAUUCAACUACUAUACACAUUUCUAUACACUUGUCUAAUAUAAUGCAUUUUUGUAUGCUAUUUUCACUAAUAUAUGCAGUUACUUUCACACUUUAAUAUACAGUGGUACCUUGGUACUUGAAUGGCUUGGCUCCCGAAAGACGGAAACCCGUAAGUAACUGUUCCAGUUUGUGAACGUUUUUCAGAAGCCAGACGUCCGCUGCACCUUUUACUUGAGUGCAGGAAGCUCCUGCAGCCAAUCGGAAGCCACACCUUGGUUUUCGAACGGUUUCGGGUGUCGAACGGACUCUUGAGAGCUAGUGUGGUGUAGUGGUUAAGAGCGGUAGACUCGUACUCUGGUGAACUGGGUUCGCGUCCUAGUCACACUUCUCUGAAGUCUCUCAGCCUCACUCACCUCACAGAGUGUUUGUUGUGGGGGAGGAAGGAAAAGGAGAUUGUUAGCCGCUUUGAGACUCCUUAGGGUAGUGAUAAAGCGGGAUAUCAAAUCCAAACUCCUUCUCUUCUUCUUCUUCUUCUUCUUCAGAACAGAUUAAGUUCGAGAACCAAGGUACCAUGCAAUGCUUGGCUGGAGAACUCAAUUGCAAAAUUUGUAUGAGUGAGAUUUUCAAAGAAUAGUUGUGUUUCAGUUCAUAUAUAUUGUUUCAAAAAGUGUGACAGCUACUAACUUGUAUUCUUAGUGCAUUUUCUUGAUUGGUUUCAGUGAAAUUAAAAAAAAGGUACCAGACUCUGACCUUGAUGAUAAAGAAAGUGUAAGUGCUUUACCUUGAGCGUUUUGGUCAACGUGAACAACUUGGAGAGCGAUGUCUUUGUCCAUUCAGAAAUCCUGUCCUGUUCUUCGUCGUAUUCUGCCUUGAGCUGUUCAGAUGCUGAGCCCUUGUGGGAUUCCCUGGCUAACUGUCUUCCUAAAGAGUUUCAGAAGAGUACCCUAUGUCAAAAGCUAAUAGAUUCUUCAAUCUGGCUAGUAAAUUUAUUAGUUUGUCAUGCCAGGCAACAAGGCAUGGUUAGAAAUGCUAAAUACAAUAAACUGGCUUUGAAACACCAGCUUGUAUUAUGCAUGUUGAAAAGUUAAUCUUUCAGUGGUCUUAGGAGUGAUAUUUCUAUCAUUUUCUGGUUUGGCCAUUCCCCCAAGAUUCAAACCCAGAUGUGAUGUUUCUCUGUGACAAAAAUGGUGAUCAGGAACAUGUAAUGUACAUUUUUAAGAAAAUGUCUCUCCACAGAAACAUGUCUACUGAAAUAAAAUACUCUAGUUUUCAGGGUUUCGUUGAUGUCCUAUUGUAUUACGUCUCUAAGGCUGCAAUCCUGUGCACACUUCCUGGCGAGUAAGCUCCAUUGGGACUUAACUUCAGAGUAAACCAACAUAGAAUUUCGCUGCAUAGUAACCACUUUUCACUGGCAGAAAAUUGUCUAGUGAAUUUUGCCUAGAAUCCCCACUUCAGUACUGUCUUUUCCCUGGUCCUUGGCAUUAAUGCAUGGAGAUAAAUUAGCAAGAGCUAAAUCUACCACCUUGUUUUCAGUGUGCACAAAUUGACACUGUUGAGUUGUGGGGACAAGAAUUUUUGUUCUAUUAUAUGACUAACAAUACUUUACACUCUUAAAACUAUGAAGAAAAUAGUUGGGAUGGGUACAGCUGUGUCAAUAUUGAAGAAACCUUUUUUGUCCAUCCGUAUAGAGCUUUGCAAAAUAUAAAUGUAUUUUUUAUAAAUGUAUGUAUUUCAGAUCUCUCAGAGACUUGCCUUUAUUCUUUCCAGUUCAUAGAUAGGCAACUGAGUCUGAGAGCAUGCAUUGCAGAGGAUGCUUAGAAGGUUACAUUCUCCACAUUCGUUAAAAGGAUGUAAUGCAGAAUGCUUUUUCCUCCCUACACUGAUCUGCUAAGAUCUAUUACAA